AUGGAGGAGCUGCAGUCCAUCGGCCUGCUCGACGGCGAGGGCGAAGCCGCAGCGGCCACCCCCCGCGGCGGCGCGCCGCCGGACGCCGCGGCGGCGGCGGCGGCGGAGCCGGAGCCGGAGAGCGGGGCCGGGGAUGGGGGCGCGGCGGAGCAGCGGACACUGGGGUCGCUGGCCGGCGCGCCCGAGUGGUGCAAGGUGCUGGACACCGGCGGCGGCAAGGUUUACUAUUGGAACGUUUCCACGAACGAAGUGAUCUGGGACCCGCCGGCAGGCGUGGAUGGGGAUGACCUCAUUCCCCCGCCGGGCGGCCACGGCGCGGCCGCGGGCGGCGGCGAGGCCGCCAGCAGCGUGCAGAGUGGCCACACCGCCGCAGCCGCCGGCGCCGACGCGGCGUCGGCGCCGCCACCCGCCGCGCCGGCGGGCGGGGCUGAGGGCAGCGGGGCUGUGCAGCUGCCAAGCGGCGAGGUCGAGCCCGUGCUCGGCCUCUUGCGCUCGGAGCUCUCCGCCGCGGCGGCCCCGCUCCUGGCCGCGGCGCCGGCGGCGCUGCGGAUGCUGAUACAGCUGGACGUGCUCGAGCAGCAGUGGGGCGCGUUUUCGGCGCGCCAGCGCGCGGCCGCGGCGGCGGGGGACGCGGCGGGGGCGCUCGGCUGGGGGACAUAUGAGGAGUCUGUGAUGCGGCAGCUGCAGGGCAUGUUUGCGCGACUGGGGCCGGCGCUGGAGCAGCUUGGCGCUGGCGGCGCGCACGAGCAGCAGCAGCAGCAGCAGCAGCAGCAGCAGCAGCAGCAGCAGCAGCAGCAGCAGCAGCAGCAGCAGGGACAGCGGCUUGCGGCUGCCGCGCCGCAGCGGUACAGCGCGCCGCCGGCGCUGCACGCGCCGCCGCUGCCGGAGGAACCCGCGGCGCCCGCCGCCGCCGCCGCCGCCGCCGAUGCCGGUGGCACCUUUCGCGGGCUGCCUGGUCUUCAGGGGCCCGCGGCCGGCGCUGGCGAGGACGGCGGCGGCGCCGCCGCGGCGGCGGCGCCAUUCUUGCCUCCGCUGCCCCCGGAAGAGGCGCCUAGCGUCCCAGUGGUGGCGGCACGGCCGGUGGCUCCGCAACAACAGCAGCAGCAGCAGCAGCAGCAGCAGCAGCAGCAGCAGCAGCAGCAGCAGCAGCCGCCGCUUGGCAAGAAGCGCCCCGCCGUGGCCAAACCCGCACCCGUGAGCGCCAGCGGCGGCGCGAAGCGUGGCCGCACCGCGGCGCUGCUGGAUAAGUGGAGCGCGGUGCGGCGAGAUCUGGAUUCCGAAGAGGCGGCGGCGCGGAAGGCGGAGGAGGAGCGGGAAGAUCCAGAGGCGCGGGAGCGGGCGCGGCGGCGGGAGAUCGAGGCGUGGCGCCGAGAGCAGCUCGCCGCCGGCGCCGGCAGCAGCAACCCCAACUUUGCGCCCCUCGGCGGCGGCGCCGGCGCCAUUGCCGCGGCGGUCGGCAAGAAGCCGAAAAAGAAGGCCGCGGCAAAGGGCGCGCUUGCGGCCGCGGCGGCGGGCGGGGCUGCGGGGGGCGCAGGCGGCCACCCGACGCACAGCGCUGAGAAGCCUGAUCUGGACGCGCUGUCUGUCGGGCUGCCGGUUGGCUGGCGCGCAAUGUGGGAGAAGGCGUCUGGGGCGAUCUACUAUGGCAAUCCUGACACAAAGCGGGACCCGCGCGCGCGAGGAGAGGCGUGCCCCGCGGGCGGCGCGUCCCACGGGCGGUGGGACCCCGCACGCGGUGUGUGGGCUUUGAGUGUCGCCGGCGGCGGCGACGGCGGCGGCGGCAAAGGCGGCGGCGGCGCGAGAGGGGGCCCGAUCGGCGCCGGCCGCGGGGCUCGGGGUCGCGGCCGCAGCGCCGGCGGCUGGGUCAAGGGCGUGUCGGCUGCGGCGUGCCCCGUUGGCCAGGUGGCCAGCGGCCGCGCGGGCGCCCCGCCGCAGCCGCAGGGCCCGGGCGCCGCUCAGCUCCGCGAGCGCUGA